AAAAAAAAUUUUCUCUCAAAAAAUUUAAGUUAUUUAGAAUAAAAUUUAAUUGUUUAAUAAUAAAGAUAAUUUCAGCAAUUUAUUAUACUGAAAGAAAGUAAUCAAAAAGACGAAUUUUUAUUAACUUUAUUGAAAUCAAUGAAAUACUCCAGUGGAAUUUCCUCUGAUAUGGAAUGGAUAUCUCGUCUACAUUAGUUAUCGACAAAGAUUUUUAUUGAAGUGCUGUGUUUUUUCAUUUUAUUUUGCUAAAAAAAAGGUUAAAAACUAUUAAAUAUUCUAAAAAAAUGGAAGAGAAUGAUGACCAAAGCAACCAUGAAAAAUAUAACACAAAUGCCGAUAAAUACCAAAUUUAUGCUUCAAUUGUAUUCAUCAUCGUGAUCAUUGGCAUCGGGGUUCCAAUGUGGUGGAAAACUACAGAAGUAUAUCGCGUAACUCUUCCAUAUGAAAGCAUCAAUGAGCUCAGUGAGACACCAAUCAUCUCUGCAUCCUCCGUCUACAUCUACACCGCUGAUCCUUCCAGGGCGAAUCUUCUAGUCAAAGAGCUCAGCGAGAUCUUUAAAACUUCCCUUUUGGAUGUUUCCUUCAAAACGGUGGCCCUGGCUGAAAGUGAGACAGCUGGAGUGAAAACUCCUGCAAGUCUUGAGAGCAAAAUUCUGCAGAAAUAUUCAAUUAAUCCGGGUGAUUUUCUCUUUGUUGAAUGGUCUAACUUGAACAAGGGCGAAUCCAUAGUAGUCACAACUGAUAGAACUGCCUUCUUGGCUCCUGGAACCUCUUCCAUUAAGAUUGGGCAUGUGCUCAAGACGUGGAUAUUUCAGGAGUUCAAAAUCCUCAGUAUUCUCAACAGUAGAAACAAUUCACAAGCCAUGAGGCACAAAACAGCUGCCCCUCAGUCGCACUACGAUAUCCUCAUCACAGUCAUGAAUCCUCGCCCAGAUCUUCAGGAUGUUAAAUGGAAUGUCCGCUACACUGCAGAAACUUUUAUUGCUCCAUUCUUGAAUGAAAUUAGUAUGCUGUCGAAUUUCACAUUGAAGACUCAGUGGAAGUAUCAAGUGCCAUUCCAAUAUUCAACAAAGCAAAUUCCCGACAAGACCAAGCUGAAGAGACAUUUUGCCCUCGAUGAGGAUUCCCUCCCGCACAUUGUGACGUCAGUUGAGAAGAAUAUUGGGCAUGAGAUCUCAAAUAAUCCCUGCUUGCAGCUCGUUGUCUACGUACCGCCGUGCAUUAAGGCCCCCGUUUAUAUUUACAACAAAAAAGGCGAAAGGGCCACCCUCAACAAAAUCGAUGCAUUUGUUUCCCCCAAAUGGGGCGGAAUAGUCAUUGCAAAUCCCCCGGAAGUUGUUUGUGAAAAAUACAUGGAAGAUCAACUGAAAGUGGAUGUCCCAAUAAAUUCAAAUGAGAUCUCACUUACACUGCUGUACAUGCUGCGGAAGCUGAUGGAGAUUGAAAUUGAUAUUCCCAUAAACGAGGCAACGAUGUCAGAAAUAACAAGUAUUUCUCCACGUAAAUGGGAAAUUGAUGUUUACCUGAGAAAUAGUGCAAUACACCUGAUUCAAUCAUCUAUUGUCACGCUCAGUUCACUAACAAAAUUGCUAAAGGACAUCAACUACAUCGUUAUAAAUGAUGAAGUGGGCCAGGCUGUUGAGGAUUCACAUAGAAAUAUUAUUCAAGCAUUGAUUGCUCUCAAGCAAAAUGAUUUAAACUUGGCAGUGAGCUUAGCAAAGAAAGCCCAUCUAGCGUCUGAAGCUGCAUUUUUCGAUCCUAGUCUAUUGGCUCUACUCUACUUUCCAGAUGAGCAAAAAUAUGCAAUCUACAUUCCACUCUUUCUACCAGUUAUGAUACCAGUAUUGAUGUCCAUGAAUGCCAUUAGAAAGUCGUGGAGCAAGAAAAAGGAAGAUCAGAGUGAAAAACCAAAGACUGAAUGAAGGCAGUUUGUAACACAAAGAAAUGAAAUUAAAAGAGAAAAUUUAAAAA